AGCCCUCGAUCGACAUGCACAUUCGCCGAACGAAUCUUACUCGCACGCCCGAGCAGCCGUUUCGCCAUUGAGCUACAGCGUGAACGAUGCAUCGUGAGCAUCGAACGUCACCGGGGCAGCACAGACAUGCCGUAGUGCUUCCAGGCUGGAACGCGAGUGGCCAGAGGUUCCGAGUCUGACAGACGAACUUUUGCUGCUCCCCGCAGACUGAGCGUUUCUCUGCAACCGUGGACCGAACCGCGUCUUGUGUUCAUCCUCUCGGCUUGUGGUCCCAGCGAAGUUGCAGCCGGUGACUGCACACGUGAUGUCCGGUCGACCCAUGAUAUUUCUGCAUGACCCGCCCGAGCUCUUUUCGGGGCUCGAGGACAUCGGAGAUGCCCGUUGACGCGAAUAGUCGGUUGCUCUUUGAUCAGGAUCUGGAAAAUGCUUCGCCGACGAUUCCGAGCGCAUCUCUGGCCGCCGGAGAUUCUCGUGACGUCGGCGGUCUUUGGCACAUGUCCUUCAGCAAGCGUCAAAUACAGUCACUUGCGAGUCUUUAUAGCUUCCAACUUCCGAGUCGGAUUUUUGCGAGGGUGUCAUCAGCCUCCUCCGUUACCUCGCGCGAAAUUUACAGAAGCAUUUCAGGGUGCAGACCUUACCUCAUUGUGUCCUGCUAUAUUUGUCGAUCAUGCUCACUUUGCCUGGAAUAAUUUUGUAAUAAUUCACGGUUCAUUGCUGAUUCUAA